UAAUACCUCUCAGUGCACCGUAAUGCACUGCAAACAAAGUUCGGUUUGUUUGUUCACAACACACAGGUGAACUUGCAUUGGCAACACCAAACCGCUCUGCACUCGAGGGUACCCGUUGGAACCGCUGUGCACACUUCUUGUUGCUGGCCAUUUUCUUUUCCGACAAUUAACUUGUCGCAGGAGAACUGUUGGGUAUUGAGCAACUACCCCUUCAUACAUUGAACAAAAUAGAGUGUCUUUCUUAACAAAAAUCACCGACGAAGAGGAGACCAAAAUACAGCAUCUUUCCCCCGAUGCUCCUAUGCCCCCUAUGGGCAACAGCGCUUCUGCCAACAAGAGGAAAAAACCACAAGUCAUCAAAACAUCACCAGAAUUAGAAGUCCAGACUAUCACGAAGAAACAACCUCCACAGUCUGCAGAAACGGCGACCAAACCAGAACAGGUUGACAAAAUGGCCACACAACAGAAUGGACAACGCCAGUCUGAAGCAGAUGCAGAAAAGAGUCGCCAGGAGGGCUUGAGCAUCAUCCAGGGGACGAUGAAUGAAAAGUGUGGUGAUGAUCUCCAUAUCUUCAUCAUCCUCGGUGCCUCAGGUGAUCUUGCGAAGAAGAAAAUUUACCCGACGUUGUGGUGGCUGUACAAGGACGGGCUCCUUCCAAAACGGACUCUGUUUGUCGGCUUUGCCAGAUCGGUUUUGGCUAUCUCGGACAUCAAAAGCAGAGCCAAACCUUUCCUGAAGUUGAAACCUGGUGAAGAGGAAAAACUUGAUACCUUUUUUGCGGCCAACCGCUACGUCAAGGGCUCUUACACAGAUGACUCGGCCUUUGAACAUCUCAACGAGGUGUUGACUGGAUUGGAGAAAAACGAGAGAGCAAACAGAGUUUUCUAUCUUGCUCUACCACCGAGCGUGUUCAAGGAUGUGACCAAACAUAUCAAGACGCACUGCAUGGCACCAAAGGGCUGGUCCCGAGUGAUUGUCGAGAAGCCUUUUGGUCGUGACUUACAGUCUUCUAACGAGUUAUCAAAUCACCUUGGGGCGCUGUUCACAGAGGAUCAGCUGUAUCGUAUCGAUCACUACUUAGGAAAGGAGAUGGUGCAGAAUAUCAUGAUUCUAAGAUUUGGGAACCGGUUGUUUGGGCCAGUGUGGAAUCGUGACAGUAUCGCUAGCGUGGUGAUUACGUUCAAGGAACCGAUUGGAACGGGGGGCCGUGGAGGUUACUUUGAUCAAUUUGGCAUCAUCAGGGAUGUGAUGCAGAAUCACCUCUUCCAGAUCUUAACAUUGGUUGCAAUGGAGAAACCAACCAGCGCUGGUGCAGAUGAUAUGCGAGAUGAAAAGGUGAAAGUGAGUAAAUGCAUUUCACCCCUCAAGCUAAAUGAGAUGGUCCUGGGACAGUACAUCGGUAACCCGAAGGGAGAAGGGGAAGGUAAAGAGGGGUACCUGGAUGACCCCACAGUGCCUCGAGGUUCUGUCACGCCAACGUUUGCUGCUGCAGUCUUCAAAAUCAACAAUGAGAGAUGGGACGGUGUUCCUUUUAUCCUGAAAUGUGGAAAAGCACUCAACGAACGUAAGGCAGAGGUUCGAAUCCAGUUCAGGGAUGUCCCAGGGGACAUAUUCUCUGGCGACUGUAAACGCAACGAGCUGGUCAUCCGUGUGCAGCCCAACGAGGCUGUAUAUUGUAAAAUGAUGACUAAAUCUCCGGGGAUGUCCUUCGCCCCUAAGGAGACCGAGUUGGAUCUCACUUACGGAGCUAGAUAUAAGGAUCUCAAGAUGCCGGACGCAUAUGAACGCCUCAUCCUGGACGUCUUCUGUGGAAGUCAAAUUCACUUUGUUCGAAGUGACGAGCUGAAAGAGGCGUGGCGCAUCUUCACACCGGUCCUUCAUCAGAUCGAGAAUGACAAACCCAAACCAAUUGAUUAUGUCUUCGGCAGCCGAGGACCACCAGAGGCAGACCAGCUUCUAGAGAAGAACAACUUCCAUUUUACAGGAACAUACAAGUGGACCAACCCUAACUUGUAGAAUGUGACCUCAACCUGCCUUCUUUACCCCUUUCCUCUUCCAACCUAGUGUCACGUUCACCCCUAGAAUGCCCCAUAGACUGUGGGGGUGGAGAAAGAAGCAGCAAACAGUCGAGGAAGAUGGAAUGUGUCUAGAAACUAAUUAUCCGCAGUUGGUUUCACAAAAGUGGGAAAGUCACCAAGUCUUGACUUUGAGACUCUGCUGUGACCCUUUUCAUCUUUAAGAAAGGCAAUUGAACUGGAGUUAUCUUGUCACCCAGGCAGUGCCAGGGGCCGAUUUCACAAUGCGUUUUGGUCAUCGCAAACGCCAGAAAUCAUUUGCUAUAUCCAAAAUCCAUCGCAACUAGGCGAUGGAUUUUGAAAAAUAGAUUUCAGUAAAACUUUGCGGUGAGUAUACUCAUCGCAAAAUUUUAUUUAUCGAUGACAAUCUUGUCGUGACUCGUUAGUGGGCGUAAAAUCAGUGAGUGCGAUGGAUUGGCGGUUUCGCAAGUGUGUUAGCGAUGAUCGCAAACAUAGACGUUAGUGAAAUCGGCCCCAACUGUACAUGUACAUGUAUGCCUGUGGUAGGGUUAAGAUACUAACUUGAUUGAGUGCUAUGUUAGCUGCCUGCCUCCUAAGGAGUUCACGUGGUUGACGGACUGCCAUUGCCUGAAACGUUUAAUGACGUUAUCUCAUGAAUUGUUUAGAUUUUGUAUCUGUAUUAAAAUAUGAUGUGAUGCGAAUUGACAAGUUAAAAUUAUUUUGUAUCAUUCCAACGUCUAGACAGUUUUUUGCUUUCUUUCUUUCGCAAUUUUACAUAAUAUCACAUAUUAGCGAUGUUUUUGGAUAACAUUUUUAGAGAUGAGUGUGUUAAGUAGGAGGAUCCCUUGAGGGGAGAAAACUACAUGUAGGGCCUACUGGAACUGCCUCUUGAUAUUGGCCUUUCUCAGUGGUCUAAUUGGUAAGACACUGCUCUUGAAUUGCAAAGGUUGUGGGUUCGUACCCAACCCAAAAAUAUGCUUAUGGUUUGUUUUCACUGGAAAGUACCAAGUAUACAGUGCUAAAACCCACCGGUUUAUAUCAAUUACAUAUUUGUUGUUUAUAAGUUGGAGCAGUUCAAGAUAAGGUAGAUCAAUUGCAAUAAAGUGAAUGUUUUUUUUUCUGUCUGAACAAUUGGCUCCUAAUCUGUUGGCAAGUACAAAAUAUCACCUUGGUGUGUGGUUUACAAAGAGUCUAUUCGGAGUGUUUGAUUUAUAUCUUGGGAUUAUUACAAAUUAACCGACCCCCCUCAAAUCUAUAAAAACCAAACUAUAUUUGUUUGAGUUAAAUGCUUGCUGGUUCAAAGCAUUGGAACAUCAGGCAAUCUACUUCAUUAGCCAAUUUCAAAACUUUGCUUCAAUUUCACUUUUUUAUCGGCGCUUCUGCUAUGAGCUCUGACUGUUGGAUUGUGGGGCGUUAUGAAUUAAACAUGAUGGCAUGAUAUGAAACCUACAUGUAAUGAGGUGGGCCCUACGUAUGUAGGUGGGCAUAACUGUGCCCUAGUAAUGACCAGAAGCAAAGAAAUUGCUAAAAGAAUAUAUGCAAGUAGAUAUAUUUAAACAAAUGAAUUGGUCCAGCAAGUGAGCGGGUGGCUAGUUUACUACCACCAUUAGGUCGGGGGUAGACUUUUGAAGCCAAGACUUGGUAAAAUAUUGUGUUUAUAAACACUAAAAAGUAUUUUUAUACCUGUACUUUAGUACUAGAGAGUUUGUUUAUUUUAUAGAAAAUUCUAUUUGCGACGAUAUGGGAUUGAAGUUGCAAGUAAAAGUCUAAUUUUUACCUAUUAUUUUAUAAAUAGUUUAUGUUUACUGUGGUUAACAUUUAGCUGGAAAGUUUCUGUUUACUUAAAGUUUUUUUCCCAAACAUCUUAGACAAAUUUUACAGAUAUUUAUAAGUUAUUUCUCAAUUAUUUCUUGGUGUUAAGGAAGCAGCAAUUAUGUGGCUUUUUCGUAUGCAGACCUGCUGCUUUGAGGUUACAAAAGAUAUCUAAACUAAAUGUAGCAUAAUAAAUAUACUCUUUCAAUUUAAAGUAUUGUAAAGACCCUGAAAUAUUAUGCAUUUCAGAUUUGAUAUUUGUUCCAAACUGGUUGUAUAUUCGGCAAAAGAACAUGUACAAAUUCUUUGUCCCUUGUUCCAAUAAAAAAAAAAAAAGGUAUUUGGAAUCUUAA